GUUGCAGCCAAACAAUCCGCUGUAUCCAACUCUCCAGCAACGGCUUUUUGUCCCCCUCUUUGAGUGUGCAUCGGCUGUGUUAGCCAUCUGUCAUUGCUAACCUGGGAUGCUCUGACUGCCAUUUGUUUGUGUCGAGACUAGAGUUUCCCUGGCUGCGUGUGAUCUGAAUCAUGGCGACGUUCUUCCAGAGUGUCCGCCAGGGGUUUGGCCGGGGGUCGAACAAAAACAACAACAACAAUAACAACAAUAACAACAAUAACAACAAUAACCCCCCGAGGCUGAAUAACGGUGCUCAGAAUCAACCGCCAGCAGGGUAUUCUCAUUCGUCCGGUCUCAUGAAUUCUCCCUCAAUUUCUUCCACUUUCAGCGUCGACAGCGUUACGAACGACAAUGAUUCGACCAAGUACUUCUUCCAGGAGAAGUAUGCUAUGCUUAACGUCAAAGGCAAUUUUCUGACUCUCUGCGCUUGUCCCAAGAACGUCGAGCUUGGCGAAUGGUUGGCACAUCAGAUUGUGGAGCAAAAUCGUCUUCUCCAUGGCAUGCUUCAAGUUAUUCAGGAAAUAAAUGGCCUAACCGGCCUCCCUAUAUGCAAUGAAAACACUUGUCCUACCAUGUCUGCAGGCCGCCUGACCUACACCUGGCUGGUCGAUGGCAGAGCGGCUAGGAUAUCUGCCCCCAAAUUCAUCAACAGAGUUGAAAAAUGGAUCGUCAGUAAAAUCCAUGACCCAGUGAUGUUUCCCACAGAGAGCACUCCUGUAGGAACAACACCAAUUGUGUCAUCGAGUGAUCCGAGCGGCACAAGUUCUACCCCACCUACCAACCCAUCUACCCAAGAUUGGAUUGGCAAGAGCAGUGGAUUCCCCCAAACCUUCUACAAAGAUUGCCAGGGAAUCAUGAAGCAAAUGUUCCGUUGUUAUGCGCAUUUGUACCAUGGUCAUUGGGAAAAUCCCUUCUUCCACAUCAACAAGCAUGAAGUUCUUAAUAUGUGCUUCGUGCAUUUCGUGACUGUCGCGAAGUACUACAAACUUGUUGCAGACAAGGAAAUGGAGCCCAUGCAACCUUUGAUCGACAUCUACAUCAAGCAAGAGAAGAUCCCUCCAGAAGCACUCGCUGGCCAUUGGGCUCAACAGACGUCGUUGUCGACGCCUACACCUGCUGGCCCUCCUGCUCCUACCACUGCACCUUCCAAUUAGAGACCUAACUAUGGAUUGCAAUGUGGGAAUGGAGACGCAUAUCAUAAAGUCAAGGGCGUUAAUCAUAUUUGUCACUCAGGGGAGAGAAGGCCAAACUGGGCAUAUCCCGUUUCAUUAUUCUUAUUGGCGAUUUUUUUUAAAGCUAUUGAAGCCCUCGACCCAGAUAUCUUAUGUUUAUUGGGCCUUGUUUCUUUUCGUUUGUUAUUUCAUUUUGUUCUUCGGGAACGGGCAUAUGUCUGCAUGGAUUUUCUUUUUUACACUUUGAUUCCCAUUUUUCCGUUUCUCCCUCCAUUUUAAAGUCUCAUUUUGAAACUGCCCUGCUCGCUUUUUCUUCGCAUAAAUAUUGAUUUUGCAUGUCUCCAGCAACCAGCCAAUCAAUUUCUCAGGUAGCUAGCGGGCAAUUUAAAAUUAAACAAUUGUUUUCGAGGGAGCUGCGCUUCGGCGAGGACGGCAAUCACUGACUUAGUUACAUUCAACCAAAAUCCUGCAAUAAACCCUGCAACGGUUGUUUUCUUUUUAAUGUCUCAAGGCUUCUCAAUGUAUUAAGUUUAAGCUUUCUACAAGCCUUUUUAAGUCACUGCGGCUUCCGGCUCAUUUCGUUGUCCCGACGGAAACAUUACGCAGUCCGGCCGUUUCUUUAAGUAUAAAUAAAUAGGUGGCAUGGGUAGAUCCUGUUCUUCACUUUCUGCUAGCCCCGGAUACAUUUCCUCGCCCUACCAGGCUAUUAUAACUUUCCGAUAAACCAAACCCUAAAGCACACUUCCUUGCGAAAGCGAAGCGACAUCACACAACUCCCCUGACCCUCCA